AGGAAAAAUGGUCGAAUUUCGCUCGUCCUCUCAUAGUUCCUAGUGAUUCGCUAUUUUCUGUCUAAGAAUGUUGAGGCCACGACGCGAAUAGUCUAUUCACAGUCGGAUUCACGCAUCAACUAUAUUUACUUUCCUGCGAUUUUCACGGAAAUUAAACUCUAUAUUUUGCGCUCCUUCCGUUGCCCCACGCUGAAUCAUCUUCUAUUCUCUCCGUUGAAGGGGAACACAGAAUUGCGGAGAGGAAGAGAGUAGACCACUACCACAACGACCAAGAACUUUCAUAUCGUUGCCUUCACAUUUGCAGAAGCAUAAGAUGUCGGAUCCUGUCGAAGACACUGGUUCUGAAUCUCUGAUGGAGAAGAUUACUGAUAAGAUUCACAAUCACGAUCACUCUUCUUCUUCAUCGGAUUCGGAAAGCGAAAAAUACUUGCCAUCUAGAAAGAACCGCUUGUUCGGCAGGCAGAAACCUGUUUAUACGAUACUCGGUGGUGGAAAGUCUGCUGAUGUAAUUCUUUGGAGAAACAAGCAGAUAUCAGCCUGCAUAGUUGCUGGUGUGACGGUUAUUUGGCUAAUCUUUGAGUGGAUGGGUUAUCACCUGCUUACUUUUGUUUGCCAUUCUCUUAUCCUAGCCCUUGCGACAUUGUUUAUCUGGACCAAUUUCUCGUCAUUUGUCAAUAAGUCACCGCCUAAGUUCCCUGAGGUAAUAUUACCAGAAGAUCUGUUCGUUAGUAUUGCUCUGUUGUUGAGGCAUGAAUGCAAUCGGGUCUUUGCAACCUUAAGGGAAGUAGGUUCAGGAAAGAACUUGAAGAAAUUCCUCAUGGUGAUUGCAGUGCUGUGGGUUCUUUCAGUUGUUGGCAGUUGGUUCAAUUUCUUAACGCUCUUCUACAUGGUGUUUGUGUUGCUACAUUCAGUGCCAGCGCUGUAUGAGAAGCAUGAGGAUCACGUGGAUACUUUUGCUGAGAAGGCCUUAGUGGAAAUCAAUAAGCAAUAUGCAGUAUUGGAUGCCAAGGUGCUUCAGAAGCUUCCAAAGUUACCCUUUAACAAGGAUAACAAGCAGCACUGAUGACAAGUCACAAAGCAACAACAGCCACUGCAGAGCCAGUCCUCAAAUGUAUUUGAGGCUUUUUGGCCUAGCAUUUAGCUUUCUUGGGAGUUUAGUUACAUAGUUCUUAUAUAUUAUACCUAGCUCAACAAGCCUUGGGCAGUGAUCAUUUUGAUGUUCUUUUUUCCCAUUGGUGUUUCCUUUGUUUCUUUUUGAAGCGGAAAACUUUCUUGUUUUUUGGACAUGCCUUGAAGCGAUCAGAUCUGCAUAUCAAUCUUAUGAGAAA